AUGGCUGAGCUACCUAGCUCAGACCCACCAAGCUCCGAAGCAUCAUCAUCUGCUUCCACUCGCAAGCACUCGUCUUUGGAGGCCCAUUUGACCGGCCCGGACCAGAAAAAGCCCAAGCAGGCCCGAGAUAGCAGCAGCAAGCACCCCGUCUACAGAGGGGUCCGAAUGCGAGCCUGGGGGAAGUGGGUAUCGGAAAUCCGCGAGCCCAGGAAGAAGAACCGGAUCUGGCUCGGCACCUUCGCCACAGCCGAUAUGGCGGCGCGUGCCCACGACGUGGCGGCGCUCGCCAUCAAAGGAAACUCCGCCAUUCUCAACUUUCCCGACCUGGCCGGCUCCCUGCCCCGGCCCAACUCCAACUCGCCGCGGGAUGUUCAGGCGGCGGCGGCCAAGGCGGCGGCCAUGGAGGUGAUGGAUCUGCCGACGACUCCGUCGUCGACACUGUCGCAGUCGUCGUCUUCUUCUUCGUUAGCGAUUAGCUCCUCCUCCGGGGAGGCGUCGACGCCGGAGGAGCUGGGGGAGAUAGUGGAGCUGCCGAGUCUGGGAAGGGGUUUGGAAAUAGCGGAGGCGAGUGAGGAGGUGGUGUUUCUGGAGCCGGUAGACGGGUGGCUGUAUUCUCAGCCAUGGUGUGGCGGCAUUUAUGAUGAGAGGGAGUGUGGGGGGUAUUUUAUUGCGGAUGAGAUUUCAAUGCAGGAGUCAGAGAGCAUGAUUCUUUGUGGCUUUGAGGGUUCAUUGUGGCAGCAUUAA